CUAGCGCGGCUCAAAUGCGAGAAGCACGUGCCAUCAUCGAAGAAGGAUAUAAAUGUGAAAGCUGAAAAAAUUGUGUGGAGUUCAUUACACAACUUACUAACAUUAUUUCCUGUUUUUAUUGUCUGAAAAAAGAACUAGAAAACAAAAACUAAAAACAAAAAAAAACGCGCGGAAGGGAUUAUUUUAACUUGACAAAGUUUAUUGUUAACCGAUACGAUGUAGGUGACGCAUGGUGAUAAGUAUGACGACAAUAUGUUGUUCAUGUUCUCCGCUUGGCGCUUGUGUAGUAGUUCAUAUUUUGUCUAUACACAUGUGUCGUUGAAGUCACAUAAAAAAUACGCUUCGAGUGGAGGAAGAAAGAGGUGAUGAAUUGCCUUUUAAAAUGUGCUACAAGUGUGUUUCGUCACGGAUCUACUACUCGAGAACUUGUCAGUAGAGCUGACGAAUGAGAAUCCUACUUUAGAUGUCAUGAUUUAUGUUUUCAGUACUUAUAUUUAUUUUUUUUCACUUGGUAUUUAGAUGCAUUUGAGAAAACACGACGCCUAGUGGUAAUGAUAAUAAGUAGGCCUUUACACUCUUCAUUUUCAAAGAUAGUCUAACAUAACCUUGAAGUUUUGACGUUUGGUAAAUUAAUAGAAAGUUACCCCCAUGAAAUAGCAGGAUACGAUAAAAAUGAUUGUGAUCUUGGUUUCUCUUGUUUUAAAGUAUAUUAUAUAACGUUGAAGUAUAAAAGUACCUUGUACAAGUUUGGUUUUAUCAUAAAAGACAUUAAACGUUAGCUGGGGUUAUAUGAUGAUGACUGAAAAUAAAGCUAUAGGAGGUUAUCAAGGAAAUAUAAAUUUUAAUGAACAAAGAUUAUUUAAAUUGCAAUGUUUUAUUAAAGCAUCAGAUAUACAGCAUAGUGCCCAAUGUGAAUAUGAAAAGAGAUUAUUUUUAGCACUAUCAACUGGAAAUGCUGAUAUUAUACUUUAUUAUAAAAAGGACAUAUCCUCCAUACCGAUUAUUAAAAGAAUUCCUUGGUUUAAAGGAACCCAUAAACAAAUAACAGCUUUUUGUUUCGACCCGUAUGGGUCUUGGCUUCUAGCAACUACUAAUGAUAGUUGUUUAUAUAUAAUUCCUGUUUUAAAAUUAGUUGAUGAAAAGUGUACUUUUAGUGAACGAUGGCGCACUGAUGAUAUAACAAUGAUUACAUACGUUGGUACACAGUCUUCACAUUCCAAACCAACAGCCUUAAUUUGGUGGCAAGAUACAAAAACAUCUACAAAUAUGGGUAUUGUUGGCACUGAAUAUGGAGAAGUAAUAUUAAUAAAUCUUGAAAAUGGUCAACAAGUAGGCACAGCUCAUGUUAAUGGACAUAUUAUUAGUCUACAUAUUUGUAAAGAAAAAAGUAAUGAUAGCAUCUCACUUUUAAUAACAAGUAAAACAAAACAGCAGUGGCGUUUAUUGUUAGAACAUCGCACGUAUAGUUAUUCACGUCAAUUUGAAAAUGGAGAAAUGUAUACACAAUCACCGACGAAUGAAAUGAUUUAUGAAAAUACAAAGUCUUUUGGUUCUACAAGAUCUAGAUUGCAAGGACUUAAACAGUUAUCUGUAGAAAAACUUGCUAUUCUUAGACAAAAAUUAGUGGAAACAAAAAAUCAGAACUUAGGAGAAAAUACACGAUAUCAUGAUACUGGAACUAAUAAAGCUAGUAAUUUGGCAAUUCUCAAUAUUGAUUCAUGUUCUGAAGAUUACAUUGGUACAAUAAAUCCGGAACCAAUGUCAAAAGACACAUUUCUUACACCACAAUAUGACAAAAAAGGCCAACAAAUAUAUACGUGCUAUCAUCUUGAGAGCAGUCAUGUAACUGUACAUGGGUCAGAUUUUGAUGCUGAUCCUUUAUCUAUUCAUAAAGUACCUGAAUCUUGUGAAAAUAUUUUAUUAACUCACCAAUUGUUUUUUGUUACUGAUGCUACGCAAUAUACUUUAUAUGUAUUAUCUGAUCAAAUGUCUGAAGUUAAUCCAAACAGAGAUUAUAAGUUUAAUCCGGGAUGUAUCAUUGAUCAGUUUUCUUUUGAGAACAGUAAAGAAAUUAUUCAUGCUGUUUAUAGAUUUAUUGACUUUGCAAACAUGACAUCUGAAAAAUUAUCUCAUGACGUUGAGAACUCAUAUACACCAUCAUUAAAAAUGAAAGAUACAAAAAUUGAGACACCGUAUGUAGAAACUUGUAUUAUUGUAACAAAUCAUGCUGUAUAUGGAGUUGUGCUAAGGAGACCAUUAUUAUCUGUCUUUAUGGAAUUAAUCUUAAAAAGGAAUGAACUAGAAAAGGCAGGAAAAUUGGCUUUGAUAUUUGGUAUGAAUUCACAACAAUUAUUUGAAUAUGUUGGAGAUAUAUUAUUGGCAAAUAAAGAAUUCCCACGUGCUGUAGCUUCUUAUAAAUUAUCUAAGUGUGGAUUAUUGAAAAGUAUCCUAAAAUUUGCAUCAGCUGGCCAUACCUCAGAGCUCUUAAGUAGUCUAACACAUUGUUUGAUUUCUCCUGCUAUUAGUGAAUUGUCAGCUGCAACAAGAAUACAUUUGUCAAAUUUAUGUAUUCUUGUUUUUAUAGAAAUGACAUUGAGAGCUGCACCGCAUCAAUCUAAAACUAUUUAUAAAGAUUUCUUAUAUUUCUUAUCUACAAACUCCUUUUAUGAUGAACUUUUGGCUAUUAAUAUAGCAGGUCAGACCUGUCUUUGGGAAGUUUUACAUCAUUUAGCUACACAAAGAUGUCUUUAUGGGCAAAUGUUGGAUGUCCUUAUGAAAACUGUACAUUUGUUUGAUGCAAGCAAAUCUAUACCAUAUGGUUUGUUAAUAUGUUUAAGUGAACCUAACUUGAUGCAAGCAAUGCUGAUAAAUCCAAAUCUAGCUAGAAAACAUAUUUCAUUUAUUGUUAAUAGUAUUUCAGAGUUACAAAUUUUCGUAUUACAGAGGUUGAUUACUUUAUAUGAUCCAACAAAUCCAAUUAUGAGAUCCAGAUUGGUUAAGUGUAAAGCACGGCAUAGAACAACUUCUUAUAGUUCUCAAUCUAGUCAAUGUGAUUCUAUAGAUCUUGCAGAGAACAAUACAGAAGCUGAUACAUUGGUAGAAGAAAUAAUAGAAACGUUUUUGUUGAUACUACUUACUUUGAUUCAUAAAAAGAUCUUAUUAAAUCAAACUUGUACUUUAGGUUACAAUAUACAAUUAAUGGGAACAAGAAAGCAAGAACACAUCAAUCGUAUUUCAAGUGUUGAUUUCAAAAGAAGAUCUUUGAGUGCAGGUUUCUCUCAUGUUGCACUUAUUAGAAAUGGUGAUGUAUACACUUGGGGUAGUUCUAUACAAGGAUGUUUAGGUACUGGAUCAUCUGUUUUAAGAUAUGGUUUACCUAACAAAAUUAAUUUCUUUCGCAACAUGGAAAUGGAAGUUUUUAGUGUAUCAUGUGGACAUUGUCAUACAUUAGCAGUAACCAAUAAUGGUAUUUAUGUUUGGGGAUCAAGUAAAUUUGGUCAAUUAGGACUUGGUAAAGUGUUACAAUGUUCUAGUCCUGAAUUGAUCACUAGUUUGGCUCAAGAAAUGAUUAUUGAUGCUGUAGCUGGGCAAUAUCAUUCAAUGGCAUUAACUGCAGACGGUCGAGUUUUUACUUGGGGUUGGGGAGUUCAUGGUCAAUUAGGACAUGGAAAUACUGAUAAGCGUAAUAUACCUACAUUAGUUACCUCUUUACUAGGUAUAUUUAUAAAACAUAUUAGUGCUGGUCAUGCACAUUCAUUAGCUUUAUCAGAUGAAGGUAUUGUUUAUGCAUUCGGAUGCAACGUAUUUGGACAAUUAGGAAUUAGUAAUAACAUUAAAAGUUCUAUACCUAUAAAAGUGUUAUUGACCGAAAAAAUUUCUCUGAUAACUACUGGAUACUUUCAUAAUUUGGCACUUAGUACUACGAAUAAAUUGUACGUAUGGGGUGCAAGUCCAAAAGUUUUAAAGUUGCAAGCACAAGCAUUAAAAAAGACACGCAUAUUGGAACAGCAAGAAGCUAAUGAGAAACAAGCUAAUAAUUUAGAGAAAAAUAUUGAAAAGGAAGGAAAUGAUACUGCAAUUAAUAAAAACAUACAGGAAACGGCAAAGGAAAGUAAUACACAAAUUUUAUCAACAAAGAUAAUUACAUCUAGUCUACAAUUAAGAAAAAAACAAUUUGAAGGUACAAGCACAAGGAAUAUUAAUGUCGGCUUACUUGAAGAAUCUCAGGCUCAUUUAAAACCUUCUCUAGUAGAUACAAGUUUAGUAAAAGGACGUAUUAUACAGAUAACAACAGGUUGUCAUCAUAAUGCUCUCUUAACAAAGGAUGGUUCAUUAUAUACUUGGGGUUGCAAUAUAGAUGGGCAAAUAGGCAAUGGCACAAAAUAUGAAGUUUCUAUUCCCACACCUUUGAGUUAUAAUCCUGCAUCAAUUUUUGCUCAAGUAGAUUCAGUGACGGACGAUAAAAACGGAAAUGUAACUAAUCAAAAAGAAGAAAACGGAAAAUCUUAUACGGAAAAUUCUGACAACAAGGAAAAAAUUAAUACUACGAUAAAAUCUAUUGGAAUUUAUUGUGGAUAUGAUUAUACAGUUGCUAUGCAACCAGGUGGUACUAUUUUGGCUUGGGGUAAUAACAAUAGAGCUCAAUUAGGCCGAAUAUCUAUCAAAGAUACACGAGAUACUGAUGAAAAAAUUGUAUUACUUAAAUCAUCUAAUAUAAUUUUAGAUGUCCCUAAUAUUCCUGCACCCAUUAUUUCUUAUCAGAGUUAUGAUAUUCCUUCUCUUGCUGGUUUUAUUUCUCCUUUGAGUGUUAUUGAAAAAUCACCAGCAGAAUUAACCCUUCACUACGUACUUGAACAUUUUAAUGGAUUAUACGAUUCGACAAAAAUUAUGGAGAAGUGUAUUGAAUUAGAAAAUUAUCAAGCAUGCUCAAACGUAGCUGCUUUGCAACAUAACUUUUCUGAUGCUUUUUCAUAUCAGUUGAAAGCAUUGAGUGCAAUUAAUUUCCAAUUAUCUAUGAAACCAGUAACAUUAGAAAGUCCGGAUGAAGCAACAAUGUUUGAUAAAGAUAAUGGAUCGGAUAUUUCUUCUUUAACCGAAAAAUUGCAAUCUGUAAAUUGUAAUUUAAAAAGGAAUACCGAACUUUUUAAUAAACAAGUGGAGAAAAAUUUGAUUGAAUCCGUGGAGGAUUAUGCAGCGAAAAAUAAAAUGAAAAUACCGUCAAGUAAAUCUUUGAAUAGUUUACAAACUCUUGAAGAAGGUUUGUAUGCUUUUGAUUGUCAAGGAGGCUCAGAAGAGUUGUGUAAGGAACCAAAAUGUGAAGAUAUACCUCUAGAUAUAACCGAAAACGUACUUGAUUCUGAUGUUAUUACACCUGAUUCUGAACAAUGGAUAGAGCAUGCUAUUUUUGAAAAUAAUAUAUCAGUAGAAUAUGAGAAAGAUGAUGUUCAAGAUAUAUCUUCGAAAUCAUUAGGUGUAACAACAAAAAAUGACAAUAAAGUGACGAUGAAUGAGGAAAGAAUAAAAGUAAAUCAUAAAAAAUCUAAAAGUGCAAAGGAAAUGAGACACUAUCACAAAAAUAAUCUUGUAAAUGAAGCUAUAAAGGUACUUAAAUUUUAUUUACACGAGGUAGAAAAUGAAGCGGACGUUGUUAAAUGCAACAUAUUGCAAAAUGCAUUAGAAUUUUGGAUACAACAUGAUUUAUCCAUUCAAAGUUUGGAAAAUAUUUUUUUUGAACAUAUACAUACUAUCUUUUAUCCCCUUGGAUUAUUGCUAUUUUGCCAGGAAACAAUCGAAAUCUAUUCCGAUGAGAAUAAAAACGAUGAGAAGUCUAAAAGUAUGAACAUGACAGAUUUAUUUUCAUCUAAAUUUUGCCUACAAAUUUGUUCUAUGUUAUUGCAACAUAUAAACGAAGGCCAACCUACUCCAGAAUAUAUUAAACUUUUGUCGUCCUUAAUGGCUGAUCAUUAUGGAGUACCACUUACUGGAUAUCCUGGUUCAAGUAGAAAUAAUACUUCAGCAGAUAUGAUAGAAGGAAUAAUUAGCACAGUGUCUACUGAAAAUGAUGCACCUAGGCCAUUUGUGCAUAUUAAGGAUUCAGAUGCAGUAUGUAGUUUCCUUGCAAUGGAGGAAGAUUCAAUGGUAUUUACUUGUGGACACCAUUAUCCACUUUCUUUAUACCAAACAAAUAUUAUUCCGGCAAUGGAAACUGAGCUACUAACGUCAGAAUCAUUACUUCUUCCAUGUACAGCACAAUUUUUAGGAAAAACGUUAUCUCAGACGUUAACUCCAGAUAUUCUAUGCCCUUUAUGUAUUCCAAAAGCAUUGAGAGCACUAGUGAAAAAAGAUAAUAAAUAAUACGUAUGUACCUGAGAUUUUAAUUAAAUAUAAAAAUGUACAUUUCGUAAAAAAAAAAAGAGAAAAAAAAUUAGAAACACAUAUGUAACGUCAUAAUUUAAGUAUUGCACAAUAAUAUUUGGAUCUAUCAGUGCCAUAUUAAUCACAAUGUUAUAAUGAAAAUGAAUCGUAAAGUUUUCAAUUCUCUGAUUGUCCUUUUUUGUUUUUUGUUAUAUAUAUAUAUAUAUAUAUAUAUAUAUAUAUAUAUAUAUAUAUA